GUUUUAUAGAGAUGAAACCGCAGGUUUAAAAUGGCUUAUACGCGUCGAAACGGCCUCAGCCGGCGGUAUGAAAAUAGCUCAUAAAUAAUUUGCGUAGUAACGACAAAGAAGAGAUUACCCUACUCAAAGGUCUAUAACUUUAAUUAUUAUGACUGAGAGAAAGUUUGAACUCGCCAUCGUUCUUGAUGCCUUCAAAAAAACACUUCAAGAAGACGGAAGCCUUGUCAUGGACGAAUACAUACGAGGAUAUGGAGAACUUUGUAUAUUUUUCGAUAUGCUUGGGACUGUGUUUGGAUUCAUUACAUCGGAUGUGAGAGAAAAAAUGGGCAUUCUUCAAGAUUAUCGAAAGUCAAAACACGGAGAGAAGUAUGUGUUCAUUCAAUCAAUGCUUGAUUUUGAAAUCGAAAAUGAUUUGACACGGAAAACAACGCACCCUCUGUCAGGAUCAAGAACUUUUCUAAGAUUGCACCGGGCUCUUGCUUUCACUAUGCUCUUCAUGAGUAAAUUAAGCCAAUCAACAGACGACGAUUCCUCUUAUUACAUGGCUAAAGAUGCUUAUAAUGAAUCUUUGGCUAACUUCCAUCCGUGGAUAAUUCGAAAGGCGGCAUUAUGGGCUAUGUACACAUUGCCGAAAGUCGGAGAUUUCAUCAAGAAAAUUGCACAGCCAAACAUGGAUAAGGGCAAAACCAAGCAGUUAUUGAAAGAAGUUACAGAUGCAAUGAAACAAGUUUACGAUUUUACAGAGGAACUUUACACCAAGCAUAAUCUACACGACCUUCCUUAAUGGAGAGCAACCAGAUUAAAAUGUUGCUAUAAUGGGAUUUUUGAUAUUACUUGUGGUUAUUCUCCCUAAAAGUAGCAUGUAUCUAGUAAAUAUUUUAUGAAAAAACUAAUUAUCAUUUUUUUGGCUCAGAUUGCAUGUUUCGAAAGAAAUUGAUAAGUGAAUGUUUAUCACCUAAAGUAUCCAAACGCUCCAUGGCACUGUUUACAUACUGAAGGCAUCCAUAUAGAAUUUAAGAACCACAAUUUAGAGCAGAUUAGAACACUAGAAAAAGCCACUGAGACUUGAAUGAGAAUACACCUAGCCACCUGUAAGCUUUCCUUUUGCUGUUGGCUGUUUUUCAGGACUUAUUGGCAAGAAAAGGUGUUCAUCAAUAUUCACAAAGGAUUUUGUUUGCAUCAAACAAAGUCAAGUGUUCAAUUUAUUAUUUUCAAAAUAGAAUUCUCCCGUUAUCUCCUUGCCAAAAUUAAUGCAUUGUGUUUUCUCCCCCACAAAAGGUCAAUUAAAAAUAUUUGCCUUCAAAUUGGAUGCCUAAGUUUUGUUUUCUUGUAAGGCCCUUCUUCUUUGCAUUUUGUUCUGCACUUGCCACCAACACUCAAUGAAAGUUUAUAAUUAUGUUUUUUAUGUGCGUAACAGGACAAGUUUUAUUUGACAAACUGUUCUGUGAUUGUUCAGGUUCAAGAGGUCCAUCAUAAAUUGCAUAGGCAGUGUCUGUGGUGGUACCCCUCGCUCUUGUCUUUGGUUUAGCUGUCUUUAUUCUUGUUUAGUGCCCCAAAGACCCUAAAGCUUGGCAGGCCAGCAACAAGCAUGUAUUACUGUGACUGCUUUGAUUGCACUAAUCGGUUUAGAUAUGGAUCUGUUUGGUUAAGGAGAUUAUAUUACUUUCCAAAGCUACUCCCACAGCUUAUUAGUUGAUAAAAUCUAAAUAAAUCUUGAAUUGUACUCAACAUUCUAACAAAAACUGCUGUGUAAUAAGGGUAUAUUUGAAAUAUAAGAUACUAAUUAUGAUAAUAUUUUUUUGGGAGCUUUCUGUUCAAAUUAGAAUUAUCAGUAUGACAAGUUUCCCUCUUUAUUUAGAAUUUAUAGCCAUAAAGUCAUUGUGCUGGGCUUGUCAUUUUCAAGUUUUGUGCACCCUAUACAUACUAGAUAACUGUGAAGACAAAUUUAUCUUAUUUUUUCUUAGUACAGUGAUAAAACUCUAAAACUAACUCCUCGCCAGCGAAAGAUGAGGAGCAUUGGCUAAACCCAUUUUAUAUGUCUUAAGUGGAAAAGUGGUUUGUAUAAUUUCCUGUUCUAAAUUUGGAAGAAUUUUUUAAAGGAUUUAGUUACAUAGUACUGGUAACUUCAGGAGUAAUUCAUUACUUUGAGAGGAGAAUUACACUUCCUCAUGAAUUUGUUUUGGAAAAGGGCCUUAAGGAUUUCUUGAUUUCUCCUUGGAUUUUUUUUUAAUAGUCUGGUUUUCCUCCUAGUUUUUUGUAUUUUAUAGUUGGCUUUCAAUUGAGCUUUCAAGAAAGUGUUGCUGGGAGUAUUUAGUAAUUCUAACAAAGAAAUAGAUGUAUGAAAUUUUUU